CACGCACAAAAUCCUCUGUCAUGGCGUCUUCCAAUAAUAUUAAUCCCACCAACUGUAGCUGGUGGCCCAUAUCAGCCAUGGACGAAGAUGGCAAAAUCACAGACGGAGAGGAAAGCCACGAACCCACGAUAGACCACAAGCCAUAUUCCAAAGACAGGCUCGUUCUGUACCACUGGACUCAGUCCUUCAGCUCUCAAAAGGUACGUCUGGUAAUCAAUGAGAAAGGGCUGCUGUGUGAGGAACGCGAUGUCAGUAUGCCUCUCACUGAGCACAAGGAGCCAUGGUUCAUGAGGCUCAACCUAGGAGAGGAAGUGCCGGUUUUCAUCCACGGAGACACUAUCGUCAGCGACUACAACCAAAUCAUUGAUUACAUAGAGACCAACUUUGUCAGAGACACAGUAGCCCAGCUGAUUCCUGAUGAAGGCACUCCCAUGCAUGCAAGGGUAAAGCAGUACCAGGAAUUGCUGGAUGGGUUGCCCAUGGAUGCUUACACACAUGGAUGCAUCCUCCAUCCUGAACUAACGAUAGACUCCAUGAUCCCAAAGUAUGCCACUGCAGAAAUACGUAGACAUUUGGCCAAUGCGGCUUCUGAACUGAUGAAACUGGAUCAUGAGGAGCCCCAUCUGACAGAACCAUACCUCUCCAAGCAAAAAAAGCUGAUGGCAAAGAUCCUGGACCAUGACAAUGUGAACUACCUGAUGAAAAUCCUCGGUGAGCUGGCCAUGGUACUAGACCAAGUUGAGGCAGAGCUGGAAAAAAGAAAACUGGAAUAUCAAGGUCAAAAGUGUGAAUUAUGGCUUUGUGGACCUAAUUUUACACUAGCUGAUAUAUGUCUCGGAGCCACAUUGCACAGGCUAAAGUUUUUGGGACUCUCAAAGAAAUUCUGGGAGGACGGGAGCCGGCCAAACAUCCAGUCCUUUUUUGAGAAUGUGCAAAAGCGCUAUGCUUUCCGUAAGGUGUUGGGGGACAUCCACACGACCCUCCUAUCUGCAGUUCUACCUAAUGCAUUCCGAAUGGUAAAAAAGAAGCCAGCGUCCUUCUUUGGGGCAUCCUUCUUAAUGGGGUCUCUCGGGGGAAUGGGCUAUUUUGCCUAUUGGUUUUUAAAAAAGAAAUACAUGUAGUGAAUGUGCUCU